GUUCUCAAUUGUGAGCGCGAGCAGGAAGGCUGAGGAGCGCGCGCAGGAAGACGGAGGAGCCUCUUUCUCGGCCUGCAGGAGGGGCUGAAGGUGACUGUCUCUUCUCGGCUGGGAUGCAGAGCGAGCUGCUGGGGGUCCGACCGGCCCGGUACACGGUCCUGCUCCGUGAGAACGACACACACCUGCGGGGGCUUUAAGCAUUAACCCGCGAACCUGCUGCGUCUGCUGGCCAUUUUCUUCUUUGUAAAGGACACAGCUAGCAGCUAGCAGAAAAGAGGGUGUCUUUCCUCUCUCUCUCUCUCUCUCUCUCUCUCUCUCUCUCUCUUGCCCUCUCCCUCUCUCUCUCUCCCUCCCUCUCUCUGUCUCUGUCUCUGUCUUUCUGUGUCUGGCUGGGCUCCGGUGGUGGCUGUGCAUGCAUGUGUUCUGCACCGUACAGGCGGAAAAAGCGCCCAAGAUCCGCAGGGAGCAUUUUUCCCGUCAGUAAAGUGGCGCAGUCGGAGCCGGAGCGCCGGGAGAGCACGGAGGAGGCCGUGGACCACAGCAGGAUGACAGUGCAGGAAUUUAACACCCUGGUAGCGCUAUACCGGGAGCAGGUGAUAUCCGUCGGGGAGAUCUCCGCCGACUGUCCGUCUCUGCGGGCUCACAUGUACAACACUCGGUCCAAAGGAUGCUCCAUGGCCCGGGCUGCACACCACGACCUCACCCUCAUCUCUGUUUCAGGUUUAGAGGACGGAGAGAUCCACCCUGAGAUCUGUCGCCUCUUCAUCCAGUUGCAGUGCUGCCUGGAGAUGUUCAUAACAGAGAUGCUCAAAUCCAUGUGCCUGCUGGGGGUGCUGCAGCUACACAAAAAAAGAACGGACUCGGAGCCGAGGUUGGACCUGAGGAUAGAUGAAAGCUCGGACGUUCCCAUCCUGGAAGAGCGAUCGUCCUCCCCCAUCGACUUUCCUCAGGAGCAAUGGCUGGUGGGAAUGGAUAUUCAAAAUAUAGAGAGAGAUAUGCGAGAGAUGCGAAACCUACUCAGCAAAAUCAGGGACACAAUGCCAUUGCCACUGAAAAACCAAGAUGACAGCAGCUUGUUGAAUCUGACACCACAGCCGCUAAUCAGACAGAGGAAGAGACGCUUCCCUGGCCUCUGCUGCAUGGUGUCUGGCUGAGCGCCUGAAGGCAGCACUACACUCAACACACAUACCUUUUUUCUUCUUUUUUUUCCAGUCAUUUAUCCUAUUUCAUUCAAUUCUUUAUUUAGUUAAAUCCCCCCUCCUCCAUAUUAUCUGAAAUUUUAAUCUUGUACCUGUUGUGUAAUUCUAUGUCUUUUUCAUGUUGAUGCUAACUUUUUUUUCCUGGUCUGUCAUUUUGAUUCUUCUGCGACGGACUCGCCUUGUUCAGGUUUUUUUAGGGGCGUGCGAUUUUGGGCUUGGAUCAAAGUUGGGUUUGGUUAUUAUUAAAUGUAUUUUAUUAAGACAUCUUCCAAGUAGAGGGUACAUGCGUUUCUGAUUCGAUUUAGUGUCACUUAGGUUAGGGCCGGGCUAUUCAACUGGCGGCCCCAGGGCCGGGUCCGGCCCCUGAGGGAUUUUGUACCAGGCCCGUGGGUGAAGUAGUUAUUACAUUGGGUAGUCUCAUACACGCAUGACUAUGGUUAAUUGUACAUUCUUUCGUACGGUAGGAGGCAGUAGCGGUAUGCACCCCUUCCAGCCAUG